AUGUUUUGCUACUUUGCCAUUUCAUGUGGUGUUUCUGAUGGGUGUUUUUUCUUUGCUGAGCUGAGCCUUUUGGAAAAAGACAUUUUCAAAAAAGUUGGAGGAAAAGAGAGUAAAAGUGUAAAGAUUCUGGUUGAAUGUGGAGUAAAAAAUGGUACACCUGUACCGGUUGAUUUCGAGAUAGAGAAAUAUGCUAAACAAAGAAGGAAGCAAGCCAGACUUUUAAAGAAACAACAACAAUCUGGAGCUUCUUCAUCAAAUCCACCAACCACAUCCUCUCCAACAUCCAAAAGUAUCACCCCACCAUCUUCACCUACUCAUACCAUGGCAGACAACCAUGGAGGAAAUCAAAAUCCUCCACACCCACCACCUGAACAAACCAUUAGACAAUGGGUCACACAAGAUGUCACCCAACAACCUUUAUGCGUAAAUUACCCUGCAGCAAUCAACUUUGAACUCAAGUCUGGACUCAUCCAUUUGUUACCCUUAUUCUGUGGUCUUGAGAAUGAAGACCCACAUAAAUUCCUUAAGGAAUUUCAUGUUGUUUGUGUGGGUAUGAAGCCACAUGAAGUCGCAGAAGAUCAAAUCAAGUUAAGUACAUUCCCCUUUGCUUUACAAGAUUCAGCCAAAGAGUGGUUGUAUGACUUACCAUCGGGGUCAGUCACAACAUGGAAUGAACUUGCAAGGAUGUUUCUGGAUAAAUAUUUUCCAGAAAUAAGAGCUUCAGCUUUACGCAGAGAGACAAUUGGUAUCAAUCAACAAAAGAGAGAAGCUUUGCAUACUUAUUGGGAAAGGUUCAAGAAAUUGUGCUCAAGAUGUCCACAACAUGGGAUUACAGAAUAUCAGUUGUUGCAGUAUUUUUGUGAAGGAAUGUCAUCUUGGGAUAGGAGAUUACUCAAUGCAUCAAGUGGUGGAUCUAUAGCUGAUAAGACUCCAACAGAAAUCAGAGUUCUUAUCAAGAACAUGGCAGAAGAGUCCAAGCACACAGUCCAAGAAGAAGAAUGGUACAGUGAUGCACCAAGAGGAGUGAAAGAAAUUUCUACCCCAAAAAUUGAAAGUCAACUUUCCGAGUUGACUAAGGUAGUAAUGAUGCUUGCAAAGGACAAGGGCGUGCAACCACCAACAGUUAGACCUUGUGGUAUUUGUACACAAGUUGGACAUCCAACCGACAUGUGCCCUCAACUUCAAGAGGAAGAUUAUGAAGAAGCAAAAGCCAUGAAAGGUUUUCUUGGAUCUAGUCAAAGGGUAUAUGAGCAACCACGAGGUGAUCAAAGAUGGAACAACAAUCAAGGUUGGGGAGGAAAUCAACAAGGGAACUAUCAACCAAGUCAACCACAUCAAUACCAACAAAGACUACCUUUUCCACCACAAAACUUUCAGCCAAGGCAACCACAACACCCUCCUCAACAAUUCAUCAAGUAUGUCUUUAGAGGACAUAGUGAAAAGUUUGACAACUACAAACUAGAAUCUCAAGGAAAGUUGUCUGCCCAAACUGAAGCAAACCCAAGGCACAAUGUGUGUGCCAUCACAUUGAGAGGCGGGAAGAGCUAUGAUGGUCCAAAAUUGUCGGUUGAUCAAAAGGAAGAAGAAAUAGUAGUUGAAGAGGCGACCAAAGAAGAGAAGGAGGAAGAGAGAACAAUCGAAAAGAAGCCCUUCAUCACUGAGUCUAAAGCCACACCUGCUCCAUUUCCCGAAAGAUUAAAGAGCACGAAGAAAGAACGGGAGGAGAAUGAGAUCAUGCAAAUGUUCAAGAGAGUUCAAAUCAACAUUCCACUCCUCGAGGUCAUCAAGCAGGUACCUAGAUACGCAAGGUUCCUUAAGGAUCUUUGUGUAUCUAAAAAGAAAUUAAAAGGAAAUCAAGUCGUAACAGUUGGGGAGCAUGUAUCCGUGGUUUUGCAAAAGAGGAUGCCCCCGAAGUGA